GUGUAACGUAACGGACUGAAUGACAAAAAGAUGCAAAUUUACGCAAAAAUGGCGAGCAGUUUUGCAGUGUCUUUUAGCGUGUUAUCUUUCCUAGUGAUUAUCUCGUUGGCGGUAGAUGUAACGCUUGAAAAUGUAGACGAUCACUCACCAUUUUCAGAGGAAAAUGAAAAUGUGGCCCACGAAGACGGCAACAAAGUGUUUUCCAAGGAAGAGUUGGCAAAAUACAACGGUGAAGAUGUAAGAAUGUAGUUGCUUGUAGCAGAAUAAGAACUCAAGAAAUGAAGAUAUUUUUAUUUUUCCUCAUUUUGGGUUAAAGUGGAGUCAUCUAAUAGAAAGCAGAUACGAUGCAUCAUAUCUUAAAAAAAGAUUUCAUGACAGCGCAGUUUUUGAUAAUAGCAAAACUCUGCUCAAGAUUUCCGCUUUCAUUGGUUAAAUACACAAAAAUUGUUUAUCUUUGUUUUCUAUUCCAGCCUUCUCUUCCAAUCUACGUUUCAAUCAAAGGAAUUGUGUUCGAUGUUUCGGACUCCAGAGGUAAGAUCAUAUUUUUCAAGUCUUGAUUUGUGGAUUUAUAAUUUCUAAAUCAGAUAUUGGUCAUCUUUAAUACAAGUCACUAUCAGAGUAAAUAAAAAAGUUAAUAUAAAUAUGGAAUUUUCCCUUAUGUUGUAGAAGUGUAUGGACCUGGAGGGAAAUAUAAUUUGUUUUCUGGUAAAGAUGCGUCAAGAGCACUCGCAAAGUGGUCGAUGUCAAAGGAAGAUCUGACUGACGAUUUGGUGAGAAAAGCUUGCGUGACAACUUGCGUCAUUGUGUAGAAUAAAGAAUAUAAAAUUUACUUAGAUAUACCAUCGGCAGCAGAGUGGCGCAGUGGAAGCGUGCUGGGCCCAUAACCCAGAGGUCCGAGGAUCAAAACCUCGCUCUGCUAGUAAUUUUUUUUCCAUGCAUUUUUUUUCUUCCAGGUUCUUUUUUCGCUUGCUUGUAAAUAUAAAUUCACUUUUGCUUUAUUUUUAAGGAUGAUUUAUCGGACGAGGAACUGACGCGUUUGGAUGGUAUUUACAACAAGCUUUACGUGGCAAAAUAUGCUAAAGUUGGAUACCUUGAAGGACAUGAACCCCAUGAUGAGGAUAACCUAACAGCGAAAAAGAACGUGAACAUCGAACUGUGAAAACUUGCACAUAUCUAAAAUAUUGAACGACAAACUUUGGAACACUUCAAUAAUCGUUAUUUGUAAAAAAACAACAACAACUUAAUGUCAUAGCACCCACGCCAGCUUCUCCUCGUUUUGACGAAAGGAAAAGUUUGUUUUAAAUACCUUAGUAAUAGCACAAAAAAGCACUGAAAUCUUUUCCUCAAGAAAAAAUACCGUGUACACCUACAAGCUAGACGUAUAAAAACCAUCUGAAGUUAAGUUUUUCAUGUCAUAUCUAGGAUAGAAUCCAAAACACUCAGGGCAGAGGAAAAGGGUCAUCAUCACCUAUCCCAGCCCCACCCAACAAAUUUUAUGAGUUGAAAAAAUUUGUUGAAGAUUCUAGGGAUGCAUCUGUUUUUCAGAUAAGUUUUACAGUCAAACCCUUUUAUAAAUACGGACACUGAGGGAGGCAGAAAAAAGUGUUUGUUAACAAGGUAUCUGUAUUAAGCGGGCGUCUGUUUAUAUAAAGCGGUGUUUGACUGUAUAUUUUUUAUGCACCAGAUUUUAAUAGAUCAUCUUUUUAAUGGUAGGGAAAAUUUUUUGAGGUGUUAUGCCUUCUUGGUAUGAAUUUGCUAGAGCCAUUUUCCUUUUAACUUGCAGCAGUACAUUUUUUUAAAAAUAAUAAUGUAGACCAAGUAUAGGAUGGAUCAGAGAGGAAGACCUCCCUUUGCACAGCACAAGUUUGAUGCCCUGCCUCGGUUCAAGAUCAUCUGAAUUCUAGUCUUUAGUGGCACAUUCCUCCGCAUACGUUUUUUACUGUAAAUAUCCCACCAGUAAAAAAUAAAAAUAAGAGCUC